AUGUCGUCCCGAAGAUUAUCAUCCCGUGACUACAAAGUAGCGUGGAUAUGUGCGCUGCCGAUAGAGUUGGCUGCUGCGAAAAGUUUGCUCGAUGACGUUCACGAAUCGCCUCCUCAACCCACGGACCGCAAUGCCUACACACUUGGAAGUAUGUACGGACAUAAUAUAGCAAUUGCCUGCCUGCAGUCUGGCAUUUAUGGGACAUGCUCCGCUGCGUCUGUUGCUACUCAAAUGAAGCAAACAUUUCCCUCCAUCGAAUUUGGCUUGAUGGUUGGGGUUGGAGGGGGAGUACCUACCAGAGCUGACAUUCGUCUCGGUGAUGUGGUCGUUAGUACGCCCACAGGACAGCUUGGUGGUGUAGUUCAAUAUGACUAUGGCAAGUCCUGCCCGUACGGCUCCUUCGAGCGUACUGGCUCACUCAACAAGCCAUACCUUCCCCUCCUGGUUGCCGUUUCCCAUUUGCGUAGUGACUAUUUAUUGCAUGAUACACAGAUCAGCAAGGUCAUUUCUGAUGCCUUAGGGCAUCACAAGGACACGUUUCCCCGCCCAGCUGAAGAUUGGCUGUUCCAGCCCACAUAUGUGCAUGGAGGCGCUGGAGACUGCUCUUCAUGCGACAAGAGUCACCUUGUGCCGCGUGGUCCACGGGCUAGUAGCGAACCGCACAUUCAUUAUGGCCUGAUUGCUUCCGGUGAUCGUGUCAUGAAGGAUGCUCAAAUGCGGGACUCUUAUGCGGAAGAUCUCCCAAUACUCUGCUUCGAGAUGGAAUCAGCCGGCAUUAUGGAUCAGCUUCCAUGCCUUGUCAUCCGGGGAAUAUGUGACUACUGCGAUUCCCACAAGCAAAAGAACUGGCAGGGUUUUGCAGUGCUGGCGGCAGCUGCUUACGCGAAGAAGUUGUUAUCAAUUGUUCCGUUGGCAAGUGAUGCCGUUGUGUGUGAUCAAGGAUCCGAACUUACCGAGAAGGAAAAGGAGUUUUUAGGAAAAAUUUCCAUCACCGAUCCCCAAGGUGCUGUGAACUCGUUCAAACGGGGUAAAGGAAACCGCACUUCAGGGACUUGCAGCUGGUUUUUGGAAUCAAAUGAACUGAAAUUCUGGUUUCAGCCGGCCAGGAACAAGUCAAAUGUCCUAUGGCUCUACGGUAAUCCUGGUACUGGCAAGUCAACCAUGGCCGUCACACUGGCAGAAGAACUUUCAGAGAAGGAUUAUUUCUUGACUGAGAAUAACAUUCUAUCAAUUUAUUUCUGCGACGCCCGCUCCGACUGCAAAGGAAAGGCUACUUCUAUCUUACGCGGACUUCUUUAUCAGAUUAUCAGUGAACGUCCCGAACUCAUCAGGCAGAUAAUGCCAAAAUAUGAAAUCCAGCAAGAGCGGCUGUUGACAAGCUUUGACAUGCUAUGGGCCUUGCUGAUGGAUUUAGGACGAGUUACUCGCGGACCUAAAAUAUACUGCAUCGUUGAUGCUCUGGAUGAAUGCGAACCCCAUGACCGAGAGAUCAUGCUGCGACAGAUCAAGCAAUCUUUUGACGGCUUUCAUUCCGAGCGCUCUAUCCUACCUAGCGUGUACUUUUUUGUAACCAGCCGUCCGUAUCCUGAGAUUCGAUCAUACAUCUCCUUGUUUCCGUGCAUAGACCUGGGGUCACGCCAAGAGAUCAUUACCGAUCUAAGGGCAACAAUCCGCGAAAGAGUGGAGAUUCUGGCAAAGCAAAAGAGCUACUCUGUGUCAGUGAAAGAGAGAGUGACCCAAACCCUGGAAGAAAAGGCUGAUGGGACGUUCCUAUGGAUAGGGAUUGUGUGUGACCGGUUGAGCCAGCCCCAAACCACGAAUCCUUUGAAGACCCUGCAGAAACUUCCACAAGGUCUACAUUCGCUAUACAAAAAUCUUCUGUAUGAUGCAUUCACGGCAGAGAAUGAUGAAGAAGACUAUCAGACUAUGAAAGAGAUGCUGAAAUUGGUGGCAUUUGCACGUCGACCGUUGACGAUGGCCGAAUUAGCCGAUGCAUGCAAUCUAUAUCCUGAUGAGGAUACCGACAGCCGCCUUCAGUUUACAAGAGCGAUUGUUGAGUUAUUCCGUUUGUUGGUAGUUGUGGACAAAGACUGUGUACGGCUUUUGCAUAUGUCAGUCAAGGAUUUCCUGAUGACUGAGAUGUCGGAGAUGAAGGAACUGGUGGCCAACUAUGCACUAUCAUGUAGAUGCAUUAAAGCCAUUCUUGAGAAUAGCCGGAUGAAAGCACAGCAUGCUGCGUUGGUCCCCGAACAGGCCUUUUUUUGCUAUGCAGUCAUGAAUUGGCCAAAGCAUGCUGGCCUUGCCGAAACAGAAUUCGUCAUCCAGAAGGAGCACAGAGAGUUUUUUGAGAACCGAUACGGAGCAUGGAAGUGCUGGUUGGAUAAUUUUAACCACCUGACCAGGGGCACUGGUUACGGCUUACGUGAUGGUCAUGGUCUUGUUCACGUUGUAGCUCGCUGGGGGAUCCUUCCAGUAUUCACCUAUCUUUCUCCAGGCACACUGGAGUAUAAGGACCCCAGCGGACGGACCCCAUUACUUGUUGCGGCGAGAAAUGCUCAAGUCAAAACCAUCCGAUUUUUGGUCGAGUCCGGUGUCAAUGUGAAGGCCCUAGAUGAUGAGGAUCAGAAUAUUCUCCAUAUCCUUUGCAACAACGGAAACUAUAACGACAACACAAUGACCAAGUUUCUGCUUGACAAAGGAGUGUCCCCAUAUGACUGCGAUAAAGAUAACAUGACGCCUUUCUUUUAUGCAGUUGCAAAUCUCGACGAAGGAUUUGCACAAGUCUUCCUUCGAUAUGGUUACGACCUGGAUACCAAGAUCCAAAGACAAUGGUGGCCUGGGCGAACAACAAUGGCAUUUCCUGCAUACACGAGGCCCAAGACAGAGAAAGAGGUAGCUGCACCGAUUCUAGAAACUGGCCUAACAGUCCUUCAUUUCUCUGCAUUGAAUGCCUGUACCAAAAUGACCGCUUUCUUACUCCGAAAUGGUGCUGAUCCAAACGUCCGCUCUGAAGCUGGAGAUACCCCGCUACAUCUUGCCAUCAGGUGUGGACUCCUGGGCCGCGAAUGCCACGAUGCAUGGGGAAAAGGUACAUACGCGAUUGAGUCUCUAAAGGACCUGAUUAUGAAUCCAGCAAGUGAAGAAGCUGAUGAUAUAUACCGAGCUAUCGAUCAAGCUAGAGUGCAAAUUGUUGACACACUCCUUGAGAGUAAAGUCAUUGAUAUCAACGUGGCUAACUCUUGUGGGGAAUAUGCUCAGCAUUUGAUCAAUUUCACUAAGGAUUAUGCUUUGCAGGUCUUAUGCAAACAUAUGGAAAAAGGAGCUGAUAUUGCACGGCUGAAUGGAUCUCGUCAGACUUGUCUCCACCUUGCCAGCAAGGCAGGAAAUUUGGAGGUUGUCCGCCGACUUGUGGAUGAAGGCCAAGAUAUCUUGUUAGAAGAUAUUGACGGAAUGAGUCCGUUUCACUACGCGUUGAAGGAAGGCCAUUUAGAAGUACUGCAGUACAUGUCACAGGCAUGCGACAAGGCGCUCUCGGGAGUCUGGGAUACAUUAGAUCGCCACGGCAGGACCCCGUUGCACCACCAUGUCUCAUCCGUCUUCUGCUACACUGACGUGGUUGACUUCCUGAUACAGGCUGGCUGCGACGUGAAUCAACCCGAUAAUGGUGGGAACUCUUCCUUAGGAUUGUACGUGGGUUCGUUCCGCCUGGGACUUGAGAGAGAGAUGUUCUCCCACCUUGUCAAGCAAGGCGCCAAUCCACUAUGGGUCAAUGCACGACGACAAAAUUUGCUGCAUCUCUCAAUGCGACACAGGGGCGCAGAAAACGAGAUCCUCAAUUACUUGUUCGAUAGGGGCGUGGACCUGACAGCGCGGGAUGUCGAUGGGAAGACCUUUAUGCACUACGGGGCGAUUCAUGGCGCGUUUACUGAGGAACUCAUAGAGAUUCUUCGACGCCGUGGUGUUUUGGAUUUGCACACCAGGGACUCUUUUGGUAAGAGUCCUCUCGAUUACGCGGAAGAAAAGGUUCAUCAGGAAUUUCCGGAUGAUAUUCUCUUACAAUUGGGACGAAAAUGGGAGAAAUCGUUCAAAGUUUUGACUGCAGUUGAUCACACGCUGCUUUGA